CACAUGCGCCACUGCUGUUCGUGUUCGUUGUGAUUCAGUUCGCGCAUGCUGUUAAGCUCGUUUGGUGCUGUUAAACGCUAGCCGCUGUACAAUUCGAAUUCGAAUCCAGUUGGAUUUUCCGCUAUCAUCAAGUGUCGAGUUCAUACUGCACAAAAUUAAGAUAACACAAAAUAAAUAAGGAAAAAGUACCAAAAUUGAAUUGUGCGUUGAACUUAAAAUUAUCAAAAAGUUCUAGGCAUUUCCAGCAGAAGAAAUGUUCUUGUCUUUAACAGACUGUUAAUUGUCGUCGGUGUGUGUGUGUGUGUGUGUGUGAGUGUUAUUCAGCACUCAGCUGUUUGCGAUAGUCAGUUGUUCCAAGACGUUUGUUUAAAGUACUCAUAAACACAUAGAUAAACGCACAUACAUUCAUUUUGUAGUCCUUUUCGUGCAGCGAGCAAACAAAUAAAGAAAAAACACAACAUACACACACAUGAUGGAACAAAUAGCAGCAGCAGCAGCAGCAGAAGCAACAGCAGAUAAUAAUGUGAAACCAAUACGCAAAGAGAUUCUCAAUCCGGGCAACAAAUAUAUUGAGCUCAAGCCAGGCACCAGAGUGAAAUUCCAUUUCCAAACGCGACGCGCCAACGAUGUGCGAAUUGUGGACGACAGCAGGAAAAUGGAUAAGCCCAUGGAACUGGUGCUGGGCAAGAAAUUCAAACUGGAGGUCUGGGAGCUGAUUGUGCAGCAAAUGUCGCUCAACGAGGUCGCCAAAUUCACGGUGCACAAAUCGCUUUGCGCACAAUAUCCGUUCAUAUCGAAGACACUGCGCGACAUUGGCAAAAAACCCGAGGAACGUCGCCACUGCUGCGGCAUGACGCUACAGAACGAAGGCAUGGGCUACGAGGAUCUUGAUGAGCUGCUCCAACAUCCGCUCGAUCUGGAGUUCAUCAUUGAGCUGAUCUCCAUCGAGCUGCCCGAGCAGUACGAAAAGGAGCGCUGGCAAAUGAGCGACGAUGAGAAAAUGCUGGCCACGCAUACGUUACGCGAACGUGGCAAUCGUCAUUACAAGGCCCAGGAGUACGAUCAGGCGGAGGUUUGCUAUCGCGAAGCAGUUGGCAUGAUUGAGCAGCUAAUGCUGAAGGAGAAACCCCACGAUCCCGAGUGGCAGGAGCUGGCGAACGUGAAGGCACCGCUGCUGCUGAACUAUGCCCAGUGCCGUUUGAUUGCUGGCGAUUAUUAUGCGGUCAUUGAGCAUUGCAGCGAAGUGCUCACCCUCGAUCCAUGCAAUGUGAAGGCGCUCUUUAGACGUGCUCGGGCGCAUGCUGGCGCCUGGAAUCCGGCACAGGCACGACGCGAUUUCAUUGAAGCCCUCGGCUUGGACAGCACAUUGCGGGCGACCGUGGCCAGGGAAUUGAAGGCGAUCGAGGAGCAGCAACAUGAGCGCAACGUGCAGGAUCGCAUCCACAUGCAGAAGCUGUUCUAGAACAUAAG